AGAAAAAAAAGACAACCUGUCGUUGUCGUCGUCGAUAGAGCAAAGAACCAAAAAAAGAUAAAGCUGUGCUGUCCCCCACACUGUGUGUGAGAAAUGCCCUUCACACCAUACACAUUACAAACCAUUCUUCCUUCGGCCAGCAACAGUGUCGCUACAACCACUACUGACGACCAACAACAGCCAUCGCCACCAACGAGUGCAAGUGGAAGUCCAGCACAAUCUACGUCACCGGGCUCCUUCUUUUCACGACGUUUACCGAAUUCUCCUCCAACCUCGGAUGUAUCAAAGUCAUUACCGUCGAGUCCACCAUCACGUCUGAACAACUUAUUAACAGGUGGUGGCAGUAGCCAAACAUCGCUCGCGAAUGCAGCACCAUUCACUAUUGAUGCCGCCGAAGCUUGGGAUACCAAUCUUUAUUUGGGCACUUCGGACGGUCAAAUUCUGCACUUUAUGCUAGAAGAGCACGGCAAGGCUGAAGAAGUACCGUAUGCAUCACGUCUCGAGAACAAAAUCAAUCUUGGAUUUGGCCGAAAACCAGUCGAGCGUAUUCUUGUAUUACCUCAAGUCUCCAAGGCAGCUGUGCUUUGCGAUUCAACAUUGAGUUUCUAUUCGCUACCUUUUUUUGAUCCUAUACCAGUGGCAUUGGUCCCUCAAAUCAAAGGAGUUGCAUGCUUUGCCCACGAUGUUGCAGAAGAAGGUCGGAUAGGAGAGGAUGGAACGAUUGAAUUGUGCAUUGUCAAACGAAGAGUGCUCCAAAUUUUGAAAAUCGGCGAACUGGUUCAAAUGAAGAAGGGAAUAGCUAAUGUAAGGGGUGACGGGUGUACUUGAUGAUUUCUAGGAACUGCCAUUACCCGAUGGAGCAAUCACGAUAGCACGACAUAGUCGCAACUUAUGCCUGGCCGACUUUAACAACUAC